UCCACAAGGUUGCUGUCUCAUUGGAUGGCAAAGCUGUGGGCGGAUUUGCGCUGACGUUGCCCAUACUCGGGAUUAACUUGUUUUUAUGUCGCCAUAUCUUAACACAUUUUGCACCGCGGUGCUAGAUCUGCUGCAUUGCUGCAUGAAGGCUGGAGUAGGUGUCACCUCGCUUCUUCAAAUCUGAAAUCAGUGUGAGUGUUGCGUUAAGUGUGGACGGGCUCCCGUGGGGUGCCUGGAUGAGGAGCUGAUGUCGCACCGUGGUUGCAGAGCUGAUGUCCCGUCGCACUGAUGGGGGCCGACGGCAGUAAAACCAGGAAGAGGCCUGCUGGAGGAGGGCAGGCAGAUGAGGACUUUUCGUCUGGGUGGCGUGGCUUCCUCUCCAGCAUGGGUCUGUCCAUCCCAGCAGGCAUCUGUCGCCUGGCCCCUCCCACCUUACGCCUUGGUCAGCGCCGGAUGCUGCAAGGAAAGCCCCCUGACAUCCCAGAGCACGUCCUGAGGCUGGCCGGGGUCGGCCCAGACAAACUAAGAGCGGAGUGGAGCCUGCCAGGGUUCAUAACCAUGUUUCUGCCGGAAUUCCCUCACAGAACUCUGCCCGGGCAUGAGCACUUUCAGGUUCUGAGUUACAUCGCCAGAGGUUCGUUUGGACCCAUUCUGAAAGUGAAGGACAAGGCCCAACAGAGGACAUAUGCUGUCAAAGUCAUACCUAAAUCAGAGAUUCUAAGACUUGGUGUAUUGGAGCAGUCCAAAGAAGAGGUUAUUGUCCAGCGUCAGGUUCGCCAUCCAUUUGUCCAUGACCUCCAGGACUGUUGGCAGACUCAGCGCCACCUCUACAUUAUGUGUGAUUACUGCAGCACCGGAGACCUGUACACCUACUGGCAGAUGAUUGGUCAGUUUCCGGAGGACACGGUACGAGUGUUUGCAGCAGAGCUGGGCUGCGCGCUUGGCUUUCUGCAUGACUUUGGGAUCAUCCACAGAGAUGUGAAGAUGGAGAACAUCCUUCUGACAGACAAUGGCCACCUCCGCUUAGCUGACUUUGGUUUGUCCCGUCGCCUUGAGAGAGGAGGAAGAGCUUUCACCAUUUGUGGAACCAUCCAAUAUAUGGCCCCAGAGGUGCUGAGUGGUGGGCCCUACAACCAUGCAGCUGAUUGGUGGUCCCUGGGAAUUCUCCUUUUCUCAUUGGUGACUGGGAAGUUCCCCGUGUCUCCAGAAUCCGACCACUGCAGCAUGCUGAGAAAAGUGAGGGGUUUCCCUUAUGAAAUACCCCUCAGCUUCAGCCCUCCUCUGGCCUUGCUUAUAACUGAGCUUUUGUGUAAGACUCCUGCUCGUCGCCUGAGAACCCUUGAGCGUUUCAAGCGCCAAACCUUCUUCCAUGGAACAACUUUUGACCUCACUCUGCUGCAGCGGCAGCCUGUGGAGGUGAUUCUGGAGCUGAGAGAGAGACCAGACCGAGCGGCCAAGGCUCGUAGAGGCCUCACUUUGUCUCUGCAGCCUCUCAAGGGCUUCGAUUAUGACCUGUUUCUCAGCCCCCCUGCCACGCCGGACACACAGCUGGAUGCCAGCAUGCACACCACUCACACAGCUGCACCGUUCCCCGGCCCUGCACUCAGACUGCAGCCCCCUCAGGGAAAAGGCCCGCGUAGGGAAGUAUUUGUUUGACAGACUUUGAGUUUACAAGAUCAUUUUUAAUACACUAUUUGUAAAGGUCUGUUUGUCUGCACACUUAUUCGUCCUUUUAAACGGGUGUGGUGAGCCUUCUCAAAUGUCUUGUGAUUUAAACAAAAACAUAGUUUAGAAGGGAACUUUUUAUUCAUGUUAAAAAACACAACUUCUCCAAUUGUGUUAGUGGUGUUUUUGGUUUUGUACUGGGCACUCUUUUUAUCUCUUUUUGGAAUCAUUUGCCUUUCUCCAGUGAGCGCCUUUUCAAGCCUGCUGUAUUUAUAUAACAGUUUUGCAAGAAAGAUUGCGCUAUUGUCCCUUUACUUCAGUUUUCCAGACGGGUCAUAGCCCUGAUAAAACAUUAUGUUCAACUGCUAUCUCAGUCACCCCACAUAGUAAAGCCAUGCUGAUUAAAUACAGUGCACUGAUUUUCUUUUUUUUUUACAAGAUAUAUAUGGUUUAGGGAAAAAUCAACAAAAACCCCUUUAACAAAACGAGGGUUUUUAUGGGACUCUGCCUUUAUUGCCAUAUUCCAUGUUUCUGAAAUUGUUUGUGAAGAAGUAGACAUAAGAAACUUCUUUCCUCCUGCUAUUAGGUAUUUCUGCUUUAUAUCCUAUUUUUAUUCAAUUUUAUAACCAAAACUUGACCUUUACUGAAUACAAUUUGUUGCUGGACCAACAAUUUCUGCUCCUGUGCUACAUACAAAAAGCAUAAUAACGUCAGAUUACGUUGCGUAUGCCUUCAACAUCUGCCCUAGUUUGAAUCAUUUCUUAACAGAGACUUGGGGUGUUUUCCCAGGUCAGCCUUGAUUUUUGUCUCCGAUCUUGUGACUGUGAGGGUUAAAUGAGCAACAUUAUUGUUUCCCCUCAGUUAAAAGUUGAUAGAUAGAGGGCUUUUUUUCUAUUCUCCACGGCUGCCGAAACCCUAGCCAGUAAUGACACCCUCAUGCACUUACCUGAUCAUCACGUUAUGUUAUGAUUCUGUGAAGCACACCCCGAUGUGUACCCUGAAUGCCUCACAUGUCAUCCUGAGCUUGCUUCUUUUUUUUUUUUUGUCACAAAAAAAUGCUUAUUUAUAAAUUCCUCUUUAUAAAGUUUAUAUGAAUCUUUUGGAUGCCAUUUGUUGUUAUCUGUUAUGUUACUAUGUAUUUUUGUAAUUACCUUGUAGCACAGAUGGAUUAUUAAACUCUAAAUGUACAGCGA